AGAACCAAAAUCCACUCCUUCUGAGGAGGAGAAACCUGCAGACCAGCCAGUCAGUAAAUAUCAAGUGAAUAACAAAUUUCUUGUACAAGGCUCCCACAGACUGUGAUGAUGAUGUUUGAGACUGUCCUCGAGGAAGUUGGCAGUUUUGGCCGUUUUCAAAUCCUCACCAUCAUCCUGCUCGCCAGCCAUCGAAUAACAAUGCCGAUGCACUUCUUGCUGAAUGUCUUCACUGCUGCGUUGCCAUCUCACCACUGUGAUAUCAGCACCCUGGAUGAUGGAGUACACUUCCAAAAUUUAACACAUGAGCAGAGACUGGCUGUCAGCAUUCCUGUGGGAGAUGACGGCGGCAUGAAGUCCUGUGAGAUGUUUGUAGAGCCUCAGUUCCAGCUCCUGUCCAAUGGCUCCAACAGCACCAACCUGCCCACAGUUCAGUGUCAGAGUGGAUGGGUCUAUGAUCGCUCAACCUUCACAUCCACCCUGGCAACAGAGUGGGAUCUUGUGUGUGAAAGAAAACAAUUAGCAAAAGCAACAAGCACGAUCUUCUUUAUUGGAGUGGCAACUGCCUCACUGGUGUUUGGAUUCUUCUGUGAUAAGUUCGGCAGAAAAAAUGCUCUUUUAGUGGCCUACAUCAUUGGGUUUGUAUUUGGCAUCUCCAGUGCAUUUUCAAACUCCUACACCAUGUUUGCAGUGCUGAGAUUUUUCACUGGGUUUGGAAUCACUGGUUUUGACAUGACCACCAUCGUUCUUUGCAUCGAGUGGGUCGAUGUAGGUCACAGGUCGUUUACAGGUGUGAUGAUGAGCCAGGCUUGGUCUGCUGGUAACAUGCUGCUUGCGGGUUUUGCCUACUUGGUAAAUGAUUGGCGGAUGCUGACGAUAACUGUUACAGCUCCUUUGGGUUUUGCACUUUUGUCCUGGUGGUGGAUUCCAGAAUCUGCCCGAUGGCUUUUAACCAGUGGUAGAGUAGACAAGGCCGUGUUUUACCUUAACCGAUGUGCUCACAUCAACAAGAAGCCAAAAUCAUCACUAAAACUCAAGUUACAGACUCUGUCCAGUGCAAAAAUCCAGGAAAAACAGCAACAAAACAACUCCUAUUAUCAUCUAAUCAAGACCCCAAAGAUGAGACGGUUGACUUUGGCAACCGGGGUUGUUUGGUUUGGAGUCUCAAUGGCAUUUUUUGCAAUCAGUCUGAACAUAUCGGGAUUCGAGAUGAACAUGUAUUUGACUCACUUUGCCUAUGCCGCCAUCGAAGUGCCGGCUAAUUUUGUGAGCACUUUCCUUCUAAAUGCCAUCGGAAGGAAGAAGUGCCAGUCUGGAGCUCUGUUACUGACAGGAGCGUGUGUCGCCAUCAACAUCUUCAUUCCAAAAGGUUUGUGGCAUGUGCGUGCCAUUGUGGCCAUUAUUGGAAAAGGCCUGGCAGAAAUUUCCUCCCUUACUGUCACAGUUUACACGACUGAGCUUUUCCCCACUGUUCUCAGACAAAAGGGCUUCGGGUAUAACAGUGUCAUGGGUCGUGUUGGAUCAUCAGUUGCACCACUUGUCCUGAUGUUGGAGGAUGUGUGGACUCCUCUUCCUCAGAUUAUCAUCUGUUCUGUUGUCAUUACUUCCACUCUGGUGUCUCUGCUGCUUCCAGAAACACUUAACGUGAGGCUGCCAGAGACUAUUGACGACAUUGAGAAUCCAAGAGACCACACUCCCUCUCACCCCAUGGAGUCUGCAGAUGUUUUGCUGGAAACUAAACCAGUCAUUGAGCAGUGAAGCCCCAA